CAACGAUGAACAAAGCCUCGGGGACGACAAACGCUGGCAAGGGUAAAGGUGAACCCGUUGAAAGGCUUGCUCAAAUCCUUGGACAUUUCAGUAGCCGAACUUCAAGCAGGAAACUACAUGGAAAGGUGUGUAUCUUGACUGGCGUUGGCAAUGAGAAAGGGAUCGGCUGGGCAACAGCUGUUCUCUUCGCUCAAGAAGGUGCUAAGCACAUGUAUUUAUUAGACAUGGACGGCAGUGCCCUCCCAAAGCUAUCCAGCAAGAUCAAAGGCAUCUCGCCUGAAAUUGGAGUCUCGACAUUUGAGGGUGACGCAAGCAGUGAGGAGUUGAUCAAGACGAUCUGCCAUGCCGCUUUGGAGGAACACGGUCAUUUGGAUGUAUUCUUUGCAAAUGCCGGGAUUGCCACUGGCGCACCCAUCCAGUCUACUUCCUAUCAAACUGUGGAAAAAGUCCUCAAAAUCAACGCCCUAUCGUGUUGGCUAGCUGUUAAAUACGCAUCCGCUAGCAUGCUGAAGAACAAAGACACUCAAACUUCGAAUGCAAACACUCAUCGAGGCGGAAGCAUUAUCCUGACCUCUUCAAUAGCUGGUAUCAGAUCAGGUGCCGGCUCAGCUGAUUAUUCCGCUUCGAAGGCAGCAGUGGCUUCAUUGGCCUUAACAGGAGCUAAUGCUUAUCCUGGAGCCAACAUUCGUAUUAAUGCGAUCUGUCCAGGCUUGAUACACACUCAAAUGACGGAUCCAAUUUUCAGCCUUACAUCUGACAAGAGCAAGAUUGGACAAUUGUGCUCUUUGAGACGAUACGGACUUGCUGAUGAGGUCGCAGGUGUCGUGCUCUUCCUAGCUGGCGGAGAUUCAUCAUACGUGAACGGUGCAGUUAUUCCUGUCGAUGGAGGCCUUUCUAGCUCCCACCCAGUGGUACCAGGAAGGUCUUACUAAUAUCGUGGAAAACCCGCGCCCCUAGCUCGUCGCCAAGUCCGGGAAGGCGAUUUGCUAAUUUUGUGUAUCAUCUACGCUUUCAAUUUCGAUGGCCGGCUUCAAGAAUAUAUGAUUAAUUUGUUGUGAUAGACAGUGUAUUGUACAAAAAGACGUUUGUUAAUGAUAGGUCCCAUUCUUCUGUGAGAUCGAGACUGUUGCAAUUCCUUAUCAUG